AUGGCUAGAACAGCUGCACUUUACAUGAAGUUUCUUAUACCAGGAUUAUUUGCAUUUAGUAUCUUGCAAAACAUAUUGAGGUUUCUACAAACACAAUCCAUAGUAAUGCCACUGGUUAUCCUUUCAACUCUUCCAGCAAUUGCUUAUGUUGGUAUUGCAUAUGGACUUGUUCAUUGGACAGGUCUUUAUUUGAAAGGGGGACCAAUUGCGGCUUCUAUUUCACUAUGGAUAUCAAUAAUAUUGUUAGGAUCAUAUGUUAUGUAUGCAAAGAAGUUCAAGAAUACAUGGAGAGGAUUAUCAAUGCAAUCAUUUCAUUACUUAAUCACAACUAUUAAACUAGCUUUUCCCUCUGCAGCAAUGUUAUGUUUGGAGUAUUGGGCUAUGGAAGUUUUGGUUUUCUUAGCUGGAUUAAUAUCUGACUCGGAAAUAACAACGUUGAUUGCAAUAUGUACAAACACACAAAUGGUUGCUUACAUGAUCAAUUAUGGUCUUAGUGCAUCUGCAAGCACAAGGGUAUCCAACGAAUUGGGAGCAGGCCAACCGGAAAGAGCUAAACAUGCAAUGAGAAUCACUCUAAAGCUUUCUCUUUUCCUUGGUUUAUGUUUUGUUUUGUUACUUGUAUUUGGUCAUGGCAUAUGGAUUCAACUAUUUAGUAGUAGUCUUACUAUAGAAAAGGAGUUUGCUUCAAUCGCACCUUUGCUUGCUAUUUCCAUACUACUAGAUUCUAUUCAAGGUGUCUUAUCAGGGGUGGUUAGAGCAUGUGGUUUGCAGCACUCAGCUGUUUAUGUCAACCUUGCAUCUUUUUAUUUCAUUGGUUUGCCAAUUUCAUGUCUCCUUGGAUUCAAGACCAAUUUGCAAUUUAAGGGUUUAUGGAUUGGUAUGAUUUGUGGACUGGUGUGUCAAACUGGGGCACUCUUACUUUUGACAAGGCAUGCCAAAUGGACUAAACUGAGUCUCUCAGAGGAUAAAGAUACUGACCAACCUAUUGUUGUUUGA